AUGUCUCAGAGGAGUAAAACGUCUUCUAAGGAAAGCACCUCCUCCGGUCAUCAGUCUUCAUCAGAUGGACCUCCUCUACGCUCUGCUGUUCGAAACUCCUCCAAAGACUCAAAAACUUCAUCAGACCUCAAAGGCUCUGUUAAACGAGGACAACGCGGCAGUAGAUCCCUCAACCAGAAUUCAGCCAUCACCGCCGCAUACACACAAUACCUCAAUGCUCUAUUUGGACAGGACAGAGAUUUACUGCCAGAGGAAUUAGAUGAGCUGCUUAUAGCAUUUAAAGAGUUUGAUUAUGAUCAGGAUGGAUACCUACACUAUAAAGAUGUUGCCGACUGCAUGAGAACUAUGGGAUACAUGCCAACAGAAAUGGAACUGAUUGAAAUCAUUCAGCAAAUCAAAAUGAAAUGGGGAGGACAUGUUGACUUUGAUGAUUUCUGUGAGUUAAUGGGUCCCAGGAUGUUAGCUGAGACUGCACAUAUGGUCGGGCUGAGAGAGCUGCGCUGUGCUUUCAAACAGUUUGAUUCCGAUGGUGAUGGACGGAUCACUUUCGAGGAGUUGAAAGAAUCGACAAAGACGUUGCUCGGGGAAAAACUGAAGAAAGGAGAACUGGAAGAAAUUCUGACAGACAUCGACCUUAAUGGAGAUGGAAAUGUGGACUUUGAUGAGUUUGUAAUGAUGCUGUCUAUUCGGUAGCUGUUUUUCCAUAUUUGAGAGCUGAAUGGAUCAUCAACCCACCUAAGCUGUCA